UACAUAAAUACAACUAGUAUCAAAGCAGUCUUCAAAACCAGUCUUGAAGAUCUCCUGAAGAGUGGGCCAGAUUAGUCUUUUGGAUAGUUUAUACCUAUUUUAUCUCGAAUUUGCAGAACAAAGAGCUUUAUAGCUAAGUUUUAUUAUUCAAUCUUAGAAAUUACUUCAGGAUUGCCACAAAAGUAUAAUUGUUACUUGGGAUAUAGAUAUAGAUAGAUAGAUAGAUAGAUUUAGUAAAAAAUCAAUGUUUUGAUAUAAAAAAAACCUCUCUAAUAUUUUCCACAAGGCUUCUCUCAUCAUGUUCAUAUUCCUGAGAUUUCAAUCUGUGAUUAUUUUUGAAGAUUUGAUAUGUUUUUUCAGGCCACUAUCAAAGUUACCCCAAAAUGAAAAUCUGAUUUUCGCUCAUAUGGAAAACGCAAAGUCACCCAAAGUAUUUAAAAUCAUCAAAUCUUUCAAUUGCAAUUGAUAACUGAUACCCCAGUACUUGUUUUAAAAAUAUAAAAGUAGGGAAAAUACUGUUACAUGAAACAAUAUUUAAAAAAAUCGCUGAAAAACUGUCAAAGUUACCCCAUUUUACGGUAUUGAUAAAAUACCUAAAUGAGUUAUUGGUUUGGUUUGGAGGACUGCUUGAGGUAUUAUUCAGUUAUGGAAAAAUCGCUAUUUAUAUGGAAAAAUAGCCGAUUAUUAUUUAGGUAUUGCCAUACCUGAUGUUGUUAUUCCCGUGUUAUGCGCAGAAUACACACCAGUUAUUAUUUUAGGUAUUUUACCUCUUAUGCAGGGCUUCUAAAUACCUCAUUCAGGUUGUAGGUAUUCGGUUUUCCAUACCAGAGUUUGGUAUUCGUCAGCUAUUUUCUCCAGCUUGGGUUAGCCUGGUACACGGUUUAUAUGGGAAAAUACAAUAAAUGGAAAAACUCAAGUUCCUGUAUACUUUUUUGAGUUCCUCUUUGGUCCCAUAUCAACUGUGCAAAAUUUCAGAUCGAUCCGAAAAACUUUAGUUUAGCGCCCGCCAUUCAAUUUCUCAUACGAUUUACUAUGGGGAUGUUUUACUCAUGCAAAGAAAAAUCGCUAGGAGUCACCCCUAGAUCCCUAAAAAUAAGUCGAUGAAUGAUUUCUGUACAAAACUUUACUAGGAAUCAGACCUCUGAGGACAGCAAACCGAUGCGACGUUCGUGGAAAAAGUUAUCAAGCCUCACCCGAUCGAUAAAAUGACGAGAUUUUAAAUAAAUUAUUAUUUAUUAAUUUAUUUAUUAAUUAUUUAUUGUUAUUCCAUACAUGUUAAACAACGUUUGCAUGCCAUUCGGCUUUCAGUUAAUAACUUUUUCCACAUGCCUUAGAUCCCUUUGCGGUCUUCGGAGGGUUGGUUCCUCGUAUAAUUUCCAAAAAAAAUCAUUCAUUGAUUUAUUUUUAGGCGAUUUAUUUUUGAAAAAGUGAUUUUCCCCAUACUAAAUCGUAUGAAAACAUAAAAUGGCUGGCACUAAAAUAUAGUUUCUCCGAUCGAGCUGAAAUUUUGCACAGUUGAUAUGGGGCCAAAAUGGAACUCGAAAAGUGUACAGGAGUAAAAUGUAUUUUUGUGUCCCACGCUAAUGGGGAUGUGUUUGAAGUUGUUAAAGAAUUUGUUUAUCUUGGAACGCUUGUGACAUGUUUCCCGUGAAAGGAAAAGACGUAUUGCAGCUGCAAACAGGGCCUAUUACGGAUUGCCUCCGUAACUUGCUAACGCAAACGAAAUUCGGUCUAUAUAAAACGCUGAUUCUUUCGGUUGCAUUCUACACAAGACGUGGACGUUAAAGGAGGUAGACCGAUAUGCUUUUACAGAUCUAGGUGUAUGUGCACAGGACGACAGACUUCCGCCCUCUGCCCUCCAAGAGAUUGAGGAGGAUUUUGGCCGGUUGAAAAACAACAAAGCCGCUUGAGCAGAUCAACUACCAAGCGAGCUUCUAAAAUACAGUGGAGAACUACUGGUGAGAGCACUACACUGGGUCAUUACCAAGAUUUGGUAGGAGGAAGUAUUACCGGAGGAAUGGAUGGAAGGUAUCGUGUGUCCCAUCUACAAAAAGGACGACAAGUUAGAUUGCGGGAGCUACCGCGCGAUCACAAUACUGAGCGCUGCCUACAAGAUACUCUCUCAAAUUUUAUGCAGCCGACUAUCACUGAUUGCAAGAGAGUUCGUGGGGCAAUAUCAGGCUGGAUUUAUGGGUGAACGCGCUACAACGGACCAGAUGUUCGCCAUCCGCCAUGUGUUGCAGAAAUGUCGCGAAUAAAACGUGCCCACACAUUACUUGUUCAUCGAUUUCAAAUUGGCUUAUGAUACAAUCGAUCAAGAACAGCUAUGGCAGAUUAUGCACGAAUACGGAUUCCCGGAUAAACUGAUACGAUUGAUCAGGCGACGAUGGAUCGAGUGAUAUGCGUAGUUCGAGUAUCAAGGACACUCUCGAGUCCUUUCGAAUCUCUCAGAGGGUUAUGGCAGCCCAGAAUGCCAAGCUUUACCCAACACUUCGAUACCGGAAUAGCUGGCUCCGGUCCAAUGAAUUCAUGCGAUGCUCCAGUGUGGGCUAACUAUUCCAUUUCCAGCGAUGGAAGAAUGACCAGGUACCCAUACAAGAUUGAACAGCAUUUGCUGAAUUCAGCUCCUCGAUUUGAGUUCGGCAAGAGAUAACUAACUUCGACCUAUACUUCUGGUGACGCCGCAGUCUACGCUACGGGGCUUCAGCCGAUUGCGCAGACUGAAACAGGUCUGUUUCGCAGUCGCGAUUGGCUUCUUUAGCGAUGUUAAGAUAAUUCCUUAUUCUGAAUUUUCCUGAAUUUUGGUGCCCAAGAACCUAUUUAUAAAUUAAUAUAAAGUUUGUAUGGGAGUGCUCGUCGCAUUUUGUGCUAGACGUUCCUGUCAAGCAAUUGCCCAGCUGUCAAAAGGUGAUUUUUUUUUUUGAAAUUGGUUUUAGGUACCAAAAUAAAGUUCUCAAAAUCUAGAAAAAAAAUCAUAGCGGAACAGAAAAAGGUACGCUUAUGUAUAAAGUCAAAAAAUCAAUACAUUUUUCAAAAUGCGGUUUUUUUGUAAGAAAGUGAAGGAGGGAAGAUUUUUGUUUUAUUUUUACUUAUACACUCAUAACAAACCCCGUAGGAAGAACGAGUAUUUCGCGGCUUAUCAACCAUCAUAGUCGCGAAUCUGUCUUGUGUAUUUACCGUUUUCAAGGGUAAAACUAUCUGUCGUUCGUCACUACAUUAUUACAUUGUUAUUCAAUUUUAUUAUUUUGGAAUUUCCUAAACUGCACUAAGGGGAUUCAGGUGGCCAAAAAUCGAAAAUUGACUUUAUUCAAUUUGAGAUUCAGGUUGAAAGUAGACCACUUUUACCAGUAAACCCUAGAAUAUUAGUAUGCUAAGCCAUAUACUUAUCGAGAUAUUGGCAACAGAAUGAGACAUUGCCAUGUUUUGGUAAAAUGAAUGAAUUGUUCAUCUUCGCAUAUCUUCGGCUGCCUCGUAGCCGUGCGUUAGGGUAACCAAGCUUCCAAUUGCACCAUGCUGUGGGGUGAGGGUUCAAUUCCCGCUCCGGGCGAUGAAACUUUUCGUGAGAAUAGUUUCUUCUCCGUAUCCACUGGUGCAUGCUCUGUGUGUCCUUUGUCUAUUGUUAAGUUUCAUUCAGUCUGUGCAGGCUUUGACUGAAGACGGUGUCCGCGUCUUUUUUUUUAAUGAAAAAUGUUGAACUUUUAAAGUAGUUUCUUAAAGCUUACUUAUAAACCUUUCGAAUGACAUAUCAGACGUAGAAAAGUUGAUUGUAAAACUAUUAAAUGAUGUCACUUUAAAAAAAAUCAAAUUUUCCCCAUACAAACCGUUCCAUACAAAAAAGACUACUUAUAUGUCUUUCUUAAGGAUACCUGGGAGACAUUAAAAUUAAAUGUGGCUGCUAUGUACUAGCUGCUAUUCUGCAAUUCCAAUCAAAUUGUCGGCGAUAAUUGAGUUAUUCCAAUAUAAAAUCACACUAUUGCCCAUUAAAUAUUGUGGGCUUCGUGGCCGUGCGGUUAGCGGUGGCAGUCGUCUAGGCGUAUCGUAAGCCUCGGAGUAUGGGUUCGAUUCCCGCUCCAGUCGGUGGGAAUAUUUCGUCAAGCGAAAAAUUCAUCACUAGUAAUGUGUUCAUUCUGUGCAGCCUCUGGCUGAAGACGGUGUGAAUUGUCUUUUUUUUAAUAUCUCUAAGGAGACAAUUGAUCGUCAUUGCUGCUUUUUUCGGUAGACAAGGCUGUUAGUUUGGAGACAUUAGAAUUCAUGACGUGUUUUUCAUAUAUAAGGCAUGAACCCAACGGAUAGGGUCAAGGCAUUAUAAGAUUGACACACAAAUAUUUUUAACCACCUGUUUGUAUGGAGCCGCCCCAUAGUGGACUGAUAAAGCCAGUUAAAACAAUCAAUCAAUUUCCAGUCAAAGUUCACGUCAGAAAGAAAAUUUAGCUCACUAGAUUUGAACUUACAGCUCAACCACAAUAUAACAAAUAUGCUUAUUACUCAAUAACUCAACGUACAUACAUAUGUUAUGUUAUGUACAUAUGUACAGAUAUAUUUGAAAUAUUCAGGCAAGUAGUAUUCAAUAUAUCUGUGGCCUAAAGUUUGAUGUUCUACUUUCGAAAGCUAUAUCCCGGAGAUAACGACAUCUACAAAAUUAUAACAGUUAAACAGCACCAAUUAACGUGGAUGAACUGAGACCUUCACUUGUUUUCCAAAAACCUGGGGGCGCAAAAUAAGUUUUGGCAACAUAUGCUAAAAUUAAAUUAAAGACAUGCGUUGUGAAUGCAACGGAUCACGUAUACCGUACGCUUGCCAGUACAAACAAAAUCAAGUUGGGCAAUCAACUAUUGGAUACAAUCUACCGCCACGCCUGAAGCAAGAUCGAUAUCUGAUUUUUCUAGAUGCGUCAAGUGCAACUUGACUGUCGCGAAAUUGUUAGUCGCAAUUAACAGAUCGAAGUGUACGCAUCAACUUGCAAAAUGAGAGCAAUCAUUAGUUCAGCGUUUAUAGCUUUGUCGCUUUUCGGUUUCAGCGUAGCCAAAGAUGAAUUUCCUAACAAAUUUCAUAGUAUCUACGGCUGUAAGCAGAUAAACGCGGUAACCAAUUACAAUGAUCCCGUGCAUUACCUUCCUGUGGAGGAGUUUGAUCAUGUUGGAACCGGAUCGAACUAUUCAUUCUUUCGACUGGGAGUUUUCGGUAGAAGUGAUGCCAUAAUUCGCCUUUCCAAGGUACCAAAGCCGUACCACAACAACAUUGUGCAUGAAAUCGCCAUCGGAUCAGGGCUUAACAAUUUCAUCGAAGUUCGACGUCAAACGAGAUUCAACACUCUGAUGUUCACCAACCACGUUCUCAAGCAAGUGCCAACUCCAAACGUGCUGUCCGAAACGGAACCGUUUGUCAUGCGGAUGGACUUUUUCAAAGAUGGCUCGGUGACGCUGACCAAGGACAACGAAACGAAACCAUUUUUGGAAUUUUCCGACCCCAAUGCGGAGGUCAACUUCCGGUACAUUGGAUUCUCCAACUGGCUCUCCAAGGCGAUCUACUUCUUCGAUUGUCCUAUGUAUAACUUCGAUGGUAGAGUGGACAAAUUAAAUUGGUAAUGCAGUGAUACAGUUCUCUGGAAACAAAAAUGUGUGUGAAUAAAUCAGUCAUGAAAAUAAGGAGACUCACAUUUUUAUCUUUUUAUAUGGUUUUUAUAAGAUUUCGAUUAUCAUUUUUGCAUUAAAAACCUGAUACGUGGAUUUAACGUAUCGAGCCCUCCUUAUACUUUUCAAAAGACUUGAUGGCUUUGUUUGUAUCUUACAAAUUUAUUUUGAGCCAUUGCGGAUUUUGGCCAUUCUUAAAAAUGCCAGCUUGAAAAUGUACGAUGAAAGAAAAUACUGUAAACCGGUGUAAAAUUGAUAACUCGGGUACCUAAUUGUAAUUUCAUUCUAAAAACUUAUAUACGUCGUUAUAUGAUUAUAAACUUCUUACCUCAUCUAGCUCAUCUUUCUGGCAAAUGGCAAAAAGUGAUUAUUUCUUGUGUUAUCGUGCUUGAGAGGCCCCCGCGGAACCUGUUUCAGGUUUUCCGAAGCGGCCAUAUCAAUUGGUACAUACUCCCGCCAAUUUUUUCUGCCCCAUUCUUUCGAAAUUAUGAAGAUUGAUAUGUCACACGGCAUGUUUUGGUUGCAAACCAGAAAUGUCCCCGAUGACACCCCCGUGGAACCUGUGCUAGAUGUUCCGGGGUGACCAUAUCAGUUGAUACAGACUUCAGUCAAUCGUUUCUGACUCAUUCUUUCGAAAUCAUGAAGAUUGAUAUGUCACACGGCAUGUUUAGGUUGAAAACCAGAAGUGUCCUCAAUGAGACCCCGUGGAACCUGUCACGGGGAUCCGGAUGGAUCAACUUAUUCAAAUUUGGUUAUCGCAGUUGUGUUUCACUGUUCGCAACAAAAAAAAAUGCGGAAAAUCGAUGGUUCAAACACAAUGACACACUUUUAGUCAUUUUGGCAACUCCCUGACCCCAGUACAUUCCAGAAUAUUCCCGGAAUGGUUCCGGAUAUAUUGCAUGGCUACUUGAGUAUAAUAAACUAGCACCAUUUUAUGGUCGUUUGAGGGCGAUUUAAAAAAACGGUUGAAAAUUGACUUUGAAAAUGAGUUUUCGGGGUCCCGGUACGUGAAAGUUAAUGUCAUUUCAUUUCAUUCUUUACUCAUGAUAUGGAAUAUUCAUGAUAUUUUAAAUUACAUAAAAAUAGUUCUGAGCUCGUGGAACAUAAUGGCUACAUUUAUUAAUUACGUAACGCUCAAAUCGACAGAAUCCCUAAAGAAAUAUCUAAAACAGACAAAUCACUGGCGCAAUUCUUUAUGAAAAAAAAUCUUGGAAAAUCCCUGGAGUAGUUGCUAGAAGAAUCAUUGGAGGAAUUCUUCAGAAAAAAUCUCUGAAGAAAUCACUAUUAGCAGACUUGACAAAAGACAUAGAUAAUUCCACGAAGGCAUUCCUAAAAAAACCACGAGGGAAAUAUCUGGAACAUUUCCUGGAGGAAUCUCAGCAGAAAUAAUUUGAGAAAUUCUAGCAUGAAUUGCAGGAGAAUCUAUAGAAGAAUCUCUGCAGGAACUCCAGAAGAAAUCACAAGUGAAAUUCCUGCAGCAAUACCAAGAGAUAUCCGUAUAGAAAUACGAAGAGUAAAUUCAUAAAGGAAGCCCUAUAGGGAAACCAAUAGAGGAAUCCAGAAGAAAUCCCCAGAGCAAUUCUUGGAUAAAUUGUUUGAGCAUUUUUUAUUUUUAUUUUCUUAUUUUUUAUUUAUUUAUUUUUAUUAUUUUUUUUUUUUGAGAAAUAGUUGAAGGCAUCCUUUGAGAGAUCAUCGGAAAAAUCCCUGGUAGAAUUUCUAAAAAAAAAUCAAAUUACUGAAGAAUUAGAAGGGGAAUUCCUGAAAUCAUCUGUGGGGAAAUCCGGAAAAAUUUUUUUUGGAUAAGUCCACGGAGUAAUCUAUGAGGAACACAGCGCAACAAAAUUUAACUAUCGAUCUGUCUCAAGAGCAAACUUAUGUGCCUCCGACAGAUUUUGGGCCGCUGAAUCCGAAUCUGUGCUCAGAUUUGUUCCAACACGUAUGCGUAUGCGAUUUUGGGCUUUUUUGAUUGUAUGCAAUUAAGCUUGGACAUAUUUUUUCAAGCAAUCAAAGAAUAAAUUGGUCAAAUAAUAUCUAAAUUGAAGACGCAUGCAAAAUAUUUCGUUUUACCAAAUCAAAUUUUUUAGAUAUAAGUAAUUUACAUUAGUAAGUAAACUUGCAUGCAACUUUUCGAGGGUGACUUGUAUGGGAUAUAUUGUACCUAACAUAAAUCACUUAAAACUGUCAAAUUUGAUUUGGUUAAACGAAAUAUUAUUCAUAAGUAGUUAAUUUAGAUGUUAAUUGACCAAUUUACCCUUUGAUUGCUAAAACAAAUCAGGCCAAACAUUUCAAUAGGUCCUAUCUGCAUUUGAGAGGCUCUCUUUGUUCACUUUCUCUUUCAAUUAUUGCAAUGUAAUGGUACACUUUUCAACUAUUUCUGCAGUACAAAUCAAAAGACGAUUGUUUUGACCAUCGCUCAAUGCAAGGAGAUAAUCAAAAUACAAAUAAACAGCUGAGAUAUUAACGAAAGAGAGGGAAACCAAAGAGAGCCUCUCUUCUGCAGAUUGGACCUUUAGACAUGUUUGGCCUGAAAUAUUGCUAUGCCUGAUGGCUAGCAAUAAAAAAAGCCCAAAAUCGCAUAUUUUGCCCUAUAAAUUGAGGUAUAGCUCCAAAUUGCAACGUACUGGAGCAAAUCUGAGACCGGAUUCGGAUUCAGCGGCACAAAAUCUGUCGGAGACACAUAACUUUGCUCUUGAGACAGAAAAAUUGUUGCGCUAUGGAAUUAUUGGAGAAGUCCCUACAUACAUUUUUGGAUACAUCACUAGGAGUUUCGGUAGUAAUUUCUGUGGAGGAAUACCAGCAAGAGUUUCUGAAACAAUUCCAAAAAAAUAUCACAGACAAAAAUGCAUGGAAAAAUGUUAGGGAACCAUCUGAAGGAAUUCUCAUAGAAAUCCCCGGAUGAAUUUCUAGAGGGACAAGAACUGGAAUUCCAGUAAUAAUUCCAUUAGGAAUUCAUGGGGGAAUCGCAGCAAGAAUUUUAUGAGAAUUCUCAUAACGAAUUUCUUAAAAAAAAAAUCGGAUUCUUGGAGAAAUCACCAGAAAAGUUUAUGAUGGAAUUUCUGGAAAUCAGAAUCCUAGAAGUCCUUGGGGAAAAUUUUAAAGAAAUCCUUGGAAAAAUCCCGACAGCAACUUCUGAAGCAAUGCCAGCUGGAAAUAAACUGCGUAAAUAUCAGCAAAAAAAUCCUGAAAUACAGUGUAUCAAGCAAUUGUCCGUACAGCAAUGUUUUGGUCAAAAAAAUAUAUCAUUCAAAUGAUCAUAACUUUUUUAUACAUCAAUCAAAUAUGCUGAAAUUUUGAUCAAUCAUGGACCAUAUAUUAAAGCUCCAUUGGUAAAAUUUUGAGCGUGAUCGAAUAAGUUUUCUGAAAGUUCUAUUUUAGUAAAACUCAUAAGAUUUUUGAACAAAUUUUUAAAACAUUCUAUCUCAAUAUGUACUCGAUGAAACAUUUUCAAUUUUUUUUGUGUUACAGUUGAUACCUAAGACUUUUAUUUGCAGUUUCGUUUGAGGUUUUACAUUCACUACAAAAAAUAUGAAAAAUCUGUACAUGUUCAGAGUGUCAUUUGGAAAUUUAUCAUAUUUUGAUCAAUAAAAGUGCCAAGUGUUUUCAACGUUUUGAAACUCUCUUAAUGUAAUAUUUUUAUACAGGACCUACUAAACUACAUAUGAAGAGUAGAUCCUAUGUAUUUUUUGUUCAGUCAAUGCACUUUUAUUGGUGGAAAACGUUCGGCAGAUUAUAUGUACAAAAUAUGGUAAUUUUUUAAAAAACGGCAACUACAAAAGCACAUUUUUUUUUCUAUUUUUUCUAGUGAAUAUAAAACCCCAAAAGUAGCUGCAUAUGGAAGCCUUAGUUAUCAGCUGUAACACAAAAAAAAAAUUAAAAAGUUUCAUCGAGUACAUACUGAGAUAUAAUGUUUCGAAAAUGUGUUCAAAAAUCUUAUAAGGUUUUCUAAAAGUUCUAUAACUUUCAGAAAACUUAUUCGAUCUCGCUCAAAAUUUUACCAAUGGAGCUUUAAUAUAUAAUUCAUGAUUGGUCAAAAUUUCAGCGGUUUUGAUUGACGUAUAAAAAAGUUAUGAACAGUUGAAUGUAAAAUUGUUUUGACCAAAAACGUGCAGUACGGACAAUUGUUUGAUACACUGUAAUUCUAGCAAGUAUUCCCAGCUUAAUUUCUGGAGGUAUCUCUGGAAAUAAGGUGGGACGAGGUUCAGUUGAAGAAGUGAUUUCUAUCCUAGCGUAGCAUGUUAGGCAUGUCUUGCUUAUAACCACAUCAAUAGUCUAGUUUUGGCGUGAGGUUUAUUCCAGAGGUAACUAAGAGCCUUUCAGCAGCUUGAAUCGAAAUUGGUUUAAAAGGUUGGAUAGAACUAGGCGCUGAAGAAGCAGAAAUGUAUUAGUUUGCAAAAUAGCCGUUUUCAAGAGUUACUGGUAAAAGUUAUCAAAUCAAUUGAUAUUGAUAAGUAAAAGGCAAUACUUAGUAGUUUCCUUGUUCAAAAAGGCGGUCAAAAAGCUGAUAAAA